GAGCAUAAUAUAAAUAUAUCCAAUUGGAAUAUACCAAAAAAUAUAGUUUUAUCUGACCCAUCGUUCCAUGUCUCACAAAAAAUUGAUUUAGUACUAGGCGCUGAUAUCUUUUUUGAUUUGAUGUCCAUUGGUCAAAUAAGAUUGGGACCUAAUUUACCAAUUCUUCAAAAAACUGUACUAGGAUGGGUAGUUUCGGGACCAUAUCAGCAUAAUCAGGAAAAAAUACUAUACAAACAAGGUUCCUACCUUUCAACCCCAGAUCAAAAAGAUAUAACAUUAUGUGAGGAACUCAAGAGAUUUUGGGAAAUUGAAAAUGGAAGUGACCUGAUUAAUACAGAGUUCAAAUUCAAAGAAUCGGAGUUAGAGUGUGAGGAGCACUUUAAGGCUAAUGUUUGUAGAUUUGAUAAUGGAAGAUACCAGGUUCGAUUGCCUUUUAAAUCAGAUUCCUUGAAGUUGGGUGAAUCUUACUCCCAAGCUUUAAAUCGUUUUAAAUCUUUGGAAAGACGUUUUUGCAAAAAUAGUAGCUUUCGUCAAGAGUAUACUGCUGUUGUAAAUGAAUUCCUUACUUUGAACCAUAUGGAAAUUGCACCAAAUGUAGAUCUCUCUAAACCUCAUUUCUUUCUACCUCAUCAUUGUGUAGUGAAACCAUCUAGCUCAACCACCAAAAUGAGAGUUGUUUUUGAUGGCUCUGCAAAAACUACAACAGGAGUGUCUCUCAAUGAUACUCUUCUCACUGGUCCAGUUAUUCAAGAAGAUCUCUUCUCCAUUGCAGUUAGAUUUCGAUUUUUUGCUUUCGUCUUUACUGCUGAUAUAUCAAAGAUGUACCGCCAGAUUGUACUGCACCCAGAUGAUCGUUGUUUUCACCUUAUUCUCUGGAGAGAAAAUGAAUCUGAUAAGGUGAAAACAUUUCAACUUAAUACGGUAACAUAUGGAACCGCCUCCGCUUCUUACCUUGCAACAAAAACAUUACAACAACUGUCCCUAGAUGAAGGUAAAAAUUUUCCCAAUGCUGCUAGGGCUGUUAAAAUGGAUUUUUAUGUUGACGAUUUGUUAACUGGUGCGGCAACACUUGAAGAAGCUUUAAAGUUAAAGUCAGAGUUGAUAGAACUGCUGGCAAGAGGAGGAUUUAUUUUGCGAAAGUGGUGUUCUAAUGACAAUAGAAUUUUGGAAGCUGUAGAUGAAGUUGAUAGGGAAUCACUUUUUAGAAUUGCUGAUUCACACGCAAUAAAAACUUUAGGAACUUAUUGGGAUCCAACAUCUGAUAAGCUGCUUUAUGACUGCCCUGAGAACCAUAACAAUAACUCCAUUACAAAAAGAAUAGUGCUAUCUGAAAUUGCUAAGCUUUUUGAUCCCUUGGGACUAAUAAAUCCAAUUAUAGUUUUAGCAAAGGUGUUUAUGCAACAACUUUGGCAACAUGGCUUUGAUUGGGAUGAAAGUUUGCCAAUGGAAUACCACAGUCGUUGGUUAAGGUUUAGAGAAGAAUUAGAAAAUGUCGGAAAGUUUCAAUUUGAUCGUAGAGCUUUUUAUGGGUCUGAAAACAUUCAACUUCAUGCUUUCGCUGAUAGCUCUGAAUACGCAUAUGGUACAUGUUUAUAUAUUCGAUCCAGUAAGGAAAACGGAGAAAUUUCAGUAAACCUCUUAUGUUCAAAAUCUAGAGUUGCUCCUGUAAAGAAGGUUUCAAUCCCUCGUUUGGAAUUAUGUGCAGCUGUAUUGAUGGUUCAUCUAACAGAAAAAAUCUUAAAUAUUUUUAAAGGCAAGUUUUCUAAGGUUUUCUACUGGACAGACUCCACUAUUGUGUUGAGUUGGAUUUCAGAAGCAUCUUCAAAUUUCGAAACUUUCGUUGCCAAUCGAGUAGCGAUUAUUCAAAAUCUGACAACGGUGGAUCAAUGGAAUCAUGUACGAUCGAAAAUGAACCCUGCAGACAUCAUAUCCCGAGAUGCAGAUAAAUGGCCAGUGCUAGCAGAAAAUUGCCAACAUUCAAUUGAUGAAUCAGUUCUUGAACGGAAAACACAAAAAAUUAUUCUUUUUGGAUCUAAGGUCGAACCAGUUUGGGAAACAAUAAAAUUUCACAACAAUUAUCUCAAAACACUAAGAGUUGUGGCAUAUUUAUUUAGAUAUAAAAAUAACUGUUUAGCGGUCAAACGAGAGUACUUACAGCCAAUGUAUGGGGAAAUCACUCCAAAGGAGUUACAAACAUCAUUGAAGUGCAUACUCCGAACAAUUCAACAAGAACAAUUCUCCUCAGAAAUCGAGCUUAUACGAAACAAAAAACCUAUACCUGGAAGAUCACAUCUAGCAUCACUUCGUCCUUUUAUUGAUGGUGAUAACCUUUUACGUGUAGGUGGUAGAAUAAGUAACGCUGAUCUGGAUUAUGAUGCAAGGUUCCCGAUAUUAAUACCCAAGGAUCAUGUGUUUACUAAGGCGAUAGUAACAUACUAUCAUAACAAAUACUUACAUGUAGGGCCUCAAACCCUUCUAAGCAUAAUUCGAGAGAAAUUCUGGCCAAUACACGGAAAAAUUAUUUGCAAAAGGGUAUGUCGUCGUUGUAUAAGAUGUUUUCGUGCUCAACCUGUGCCAGAAAUACAUAUUAUGGGAGAUUUACCUAGAUCCCGAGUUCAACAAUGCCGUCCUUUCUUGAUUGUUGGAGUUGAUUUAUGUGGGCCAUUUAACAUACACUUCCGACGCCGAGGAACGUCCCCUAUUAAGGGAUAUGUUGCUGUAUUCGUCUGCUUCAGUACUCGUGCAGUUCAUCUGGAAGUUGUUGAUGAUUUGUCAACAGUUGCAUUCCUUGCAGCUCUAAAAAGAUUUAUCGGGCGUCGCGGUUAUCCUUCUACAAUUUAUAGUGAUAACGCCACUAAUUUUAUUGGAGCUCGUAAUGAGCUUUCAUCUGUUUAUAAAAUGCUCCUAUCUCCGAACGUUCAAAAUGAAGUUAUUCGUACCUGUGCUGCGGACAAUAUCACAUGGAAAACAAUUCCUCCAAGAUCCCCUCAUUUCGGAGGAUUGUGGGAAGCUGCCGUUAAGUCCGCAAAGUUUCACAUGAAGCGUAUAUUACAGGAUGCAUCUCUAACUUUUCAAGAACUAAACACGAUCAUAAUUCAAAUCGAAUCCGUACUUAAUUCACGACCUAUAACUCCAAUAUCUGAUAACCCUUCUGAUUUAUAUGCACUAACCCCAGGUCAUUUUAUUAUAGGUUGUCCACUUACUUGCUUGCCAGAACCAGACGUCCUUGAAGUGAAAUCCAUCAAUUCAUUGAGUCGUUAUCAGCUCCUUCAAUGGUACUUUCAAAUGUUUUGGAAACGUUGGUCGACAGAAUACCUCCAAAACUUGCAACUGAGAACAAAGUGGAAGCAGUCACAGUCACAGAACAAUCUUAGAAUCGGUGAUGUCGUGCUCAUAGUUGAAGAAAACUCACCACCGCUCAAAUGGAAGCUGGGAAAAAUCAUAGAGGUGCAGCCGGGAAAGGAUGACAUCGUUCGCAAAGCAACAGUAAAAACGUCAACUGGCAUUAUUGAACGCGCUUCAAUGAAACUAAGAAGACUUCCUAUUGAAAUUGAGGAAACCGCAUCUCCUCAAGGUGGGGAGGAUGUUUAGUACAUUUUGCAUAAUACUUUUUCUAAACAUAUUUUAAUGAAAUAUAUACAACUUCACUUCACUCAACUUAACUUAACUAACCUAUAAAUUGCAUUGCAACAUCUUAAAUGUGCCCUUUUUUCUCUUGGACACAGAACUUGCCACAGUUGUAAUUUUUUAAUUAAAUAAAGGAAAUCAU